UAAAACAAAAUGCAAUUUUAAGUGCUUUUAAAGAACUUAAUGAUUCUCAAACCAAUUCUAAGUUAUCAAGUUAUAGAAGUUUUGCAAAAAAAUAUGGCAUCCCAGAAACCACUUUCAAACAUGCUAUUAAAAAUGAUGGCCCUCUUGAUCAUCUAGGCCCAGCCAAAGUUUUAACCGACCAUGAAGAGCAACAACUUGUUGGUUAUUGUUUAAAUAUGCAGAAGCUUGGAUUCGGAUUGGCAAGGUCAAGGGUGAACCAAUGCAUAAUAAAUAUUGUUCACCAAAGUAACAGAUCUCACCCUUUUAAAGAAAGUGGACCAGGUCAAUCAUGGUGGGAACGAUUUAUGAAAAACCACCUAGAGCUUUCAUUUCAUAUCCCACAAGCUUUGAACGAAGCACAAGCACAAAGAGCCAACCCUAUUAUUGUCAAAGAUCACUUCUAG